CACAAAUAAAAAGGCACAGAAGCAGAAUAAUGUUGGAUAUCAAUCUGUUUCGAGAAGAGAAGGGGAACAAUCCGGAGAUCAUCCGAGAUUCUCAACGGAAGAGAUUCGCCAGUGUUGAUCUCGUCGACGAGAUUAUCGAGCUCGACAAAGAAUGGCGUCAGCGUCAAUUUGAAGUAGAUAAUUUGCGCAAGGAGCUCAACAAGCUGAACAAGCAAAUCGCCAAGCUCAAAAUCUCUGGUGCUGAUGCGACGGAGCUGAUUCAGCAAACAGGGAAAAACAAAGAAGAUUCUACUACGAAGGAGAAGGAAGUUGGUGAAGCAUGUGAUGUUUUGAAAGACAAACUGAAGGAGGUUGGCAAUCUCAUCGACCACUCUGUUCCAGUUUAUGAAGAUGAGGUUUAUAACCCUGUGAUUGAUUUUUGGGGUGAGAAGCGGGUUGCUCCGCCUGGUCAGAAGCUGAAGAACCAUGUGGAUCUCGUUGAGCUUCUAGACAUUGUAGAUACCAAGAGAGGUGCUGAGAUUGCUGGAGGAAGAGGCUUUUUCCUUAAAGGAGAUGGUGUGCUACUUAACCAGGCUUUGAUCAGCUUUGGGCUAGACUUCUUGAAGAAAAGAGAGUUCACAUUAUUGCAACCUCCUUUUUUCAUGAGGAAGGAAGUCAUGGCCAAGUGUGCACAGUUGGCUCAGCAUGAUGAACAACUAUACAGGGUGACUGGUGGUGGAGAUGAUAAAUACCUUAUUGCAACUGCUGAGCAACCUCUUUGUGCAUACCAUAUGGAUGAAUGGAUCGAUCCCAAGGACCUUCCCAUAAAAUAUGCUGGUUACUCGACUUGCUUUAGAAAAGAAGCUGGUUCCCAUGGAAGAGAUACAAGUGGCAUUUUCCGUGUUCACCAGUUUGAGAAAAUUGAACAGUUUUGCAUCACUAGCCCUAACGACAAUGCUUCGUGGAAAAUGAUGGAGGAGAUGAUGGAGAACUCUAAAAAAUUUUACCAAGAGCUAAAAAUUCCAUACCGAGUCGUGUCGAUUGUCUCUGGAGCAUUGAACGAUGCAGCUGCAAAGAAGUAUGACUUGGAAGCUUGGUUUCCUUCGUCAGAGACUUACAGAGAGCUUGUGUCUUGUUCCAACUGUACAGACUACCAAGCUCGAAGGCUUGAUAUCAGAUACGAUCAGAAAAAGGAGAGCAAUGAGCAGCAGACGAAGCAGCAGUAUGUGCAUAUGCUGAAUUCGACUCUUACUGCGACUGAGAGGACCCUUUGCUGCAUUCUAGAGAACUACCAGCGUGAAGAUCGUGUGGACAUCCCUGAGGUUUUGCAGCAGUUUAUGGGCGGACGAGAGUUUUUGCCCUUCAAGGCAAAAAAAACUAAAGCCGAUUGAUAUAUUAUUUAUUAUUGUGAUUUUCAUAAAAAUUUCAUUGUUAUCUCUUUGUUUAGACAUGAUGAUAUCAAAUGAAAGAAUAAUGCAACACUGAUUCAGUCAACUAGUUUUACAAAAUUGGACAAGACUCUUAUCCUUUCAUGAUCUAUGGAUUCA